AAAACAAUUAGGUUGAGGCAACAUUCUUAAAAUAUUUAGAAAGUUUAUUUCAGCGCCUCAAAAAUGUUUUAUAUCUGUAUAAUUGUAUGAUUCGAUCGGUAUAAAAACCCCAAAAAACAGACAUCUUAACAAGCACCCGUCAUUUCUACCUGAAGCAGGAGUUUCCACGUGUUCGUGAAGGCAUCAUCAGCCUCCCCCCUUCUUGUAGUCACAGUUUCAUAACAAACCAUGGCUGCCCCGUUCGUCAGGGUUUUGUCAAAGUCCCUCAGACAGCUCUCUCGACCAGCAUGGGGGGCAGGUCAGUCUGGAUUGAGGAGCAGGACCACCUCUGCCCCGGCCGUGGCUCCAAGCCAGGCAGGUGGAGUGAUGUCCUUCCCUCCCCUGCAGACGUAUUCGGAGGAGGAGAGCAUGAUGAGGGACGCAGUGAGGAAAUACGCACAAGAGCGCAUCGCCCCGCUUGUGCCAGCCAUGGAUGAAAAUUCUGCCAUGGACGAAGAAGUCAUCAGAUCCCUGUUUGAGCAGGGGCUUAUGGGGAUGGAAAUUGACCCAGCAUACGGCGGCACUGGCUCCUCAUUCUUCUCCUCCAUCCUGGUGAUUGAGGAGCUGGCAAAGGUGGAUCCGUCUGUGUCUGUUCUCUGUGACAUCCAAAACACCCUCAUCAACACUCUGUUUGUGAAACUCGGGACGCCGGCUCAGAAAGAGAAGUACCUCAACCGGCUGUCAACCGAUAUGAUCGGAAGCUUCUGCCUCUCUGAAGCUGAAUCGGGGAGCGACGCGUUUGCUCUGAAGACACGAGCUGAGAAACACGCGGACCACUACGUCAUCAACGGAUCCAAGAUGUGGAUCAGCAACGCAGAGCAUGCUGGGGUUUUCCUGGUGAUGGCCAACGUGGAUCCCUCUGCUGGAUACAGAGGGAUCACUUGCUUUAUCGUGGACCGGGACACUCAGGGCCUCGAGAUUUGCAAGAAGGAGAACAAGCUAGGCCUGCGUGCAUCCUCGACCUGCCCCCUUAACUUUGACAACGUCAAGGUGCCAGAGGAGAACAUCUUAGGAGAGGUCGGUCACGGAUACAAGUAUGCUAUCGGAAUGUUGAACGAAGGCAGGAUCGGAAUCGCGGCACAGAUGCUCGGACUGGCCCAGGGUUGCUUUGACCACACUGUUCCUUACACCAGACAAAGGGUGCAGUUUGGAAAGCGCAUCUUUGACUUUCAGGGAAUGCAGCAUCAAAUAGCCCACGUGGCGACGCAGAUCGAAGCGGCGCGUCUGCUGACGUACAACGCGGCGCGUCUGAAGGAAGCCGGGAGGCCUUUCAUCAAAGAGGCCUGCAUGGCCAAAUACUUCGCCGCCGAGGUUGCCACUCUAACUACAUCAAAAUGCAUUGAAUGGAUGGGCGGAGUUGGCUUUACCAAGGACUACCCCAUAGAGAAAUACUACAGAGACUGUAAAAUUGGAACCAUUUAUGAGGGUACAACAAAUGUCCAGCUGUCUACUAUUGCCAAGUUCAUUGAUAAGGAGUAUGACCACUGAAACCAUCGAGCCACAAGCUGAAUGAUCCCGUCUUGCUGUUACCUUUUGCCUUCUGGUCAUUUCUGUGAGGACUUUAGUAGGUUCAGCCAGCACAAAUGCGUUAUUGUAGACCUUUUCUGAUAGACUUUUGUUGCAACUUUAGGUCUCGUAAAAUAACUCCUAUCGCUGAUGUUACUGACUUAGUGAUUUCUUUAUCAGCAACUUUUGGUUUUCAACUUUAUUUGUUGAUGUUUUUUGUUUGUUCUUUUUUUUUUUACAACCCUUUGUCUGUACAAUUUUCUUUUUCUCCAAAUCAGUGCAGAAGGACAUUAUGUCACACUUUGACCUUGACAAUAUCAUGCCUCUCCCACAUUUGUUUUGUCUCUUGAUAUCUUGUAAUCUGUUUUGCAAGCAUGGCCACCCCCAUGGUAAAUGUUUGAAGGAAGUUGACCAAGAGAUUCUCCAGAUGAUUCAGUGCCUUCAGAGGGUUUUGUCUUUUAACAGUUUGAUUGUAGUAGUUCAACCGUUUGCAUCCUUCCCCAUAGCUGCAGCACUCUGUAGACUGGCUGAUUUUACAUCGCAGUAAUAAAUCUAAAGGAACGUGUUGACAUGGGUUCUCCCUGUUGUAAAUGUGAAUAGAUGGUCAUCUUUGCUGCUGUUGAGAAGGGGUCUGAGGCAGCCUGUAAUAAUAUGGGAAUUUAUUGGAUAGGCCUGAAUCAGAGUGGAAACAUUUUUAUUUCAAAGCUUUGUCCUCCCAUGCUCUAAAUAUUGUAUCCAUAAAUCCAUCCAUUUAUUCUGUCAUCACUCUAAUACGUUUCCCAUUUUCAAGCAAGUAUUCGUCCAUCCGUUCAUGUUUUUUUUUAUCAUCCAUCUUUGUUCAUCUAUCCACUCCUUUUCCCCCUAUCUGUCUGUCCGUCCUUCAAGCUUUGUCUUAUAUCAUUCAUAAAUCCAUCCAUGUUUUUUUCCAUUAUCCAUGUCCAACUAGCCACUGAACCAUCUCUUCUUUAAUUGGCCCGACUUUACGUUUGCCCUUAGUCCAUCCAUUCAUCCAACCAUAAAUCCAUCCGUUAUUUCAACCGUCCACCUUUCCUCGCAGUGUGUUUGUUUUGCAGGUUGUGUAAUUUAACUGUUAAAGUAAAAACAUAUUUUCAGUAAA